CCUGGCCGCCGCCUCCUCGGCCGCCCACUCCCACUACGCCUCUCCUAUCGUCUCCCCAGUCUCCACGCCGCGAGCGCAGGGUGACGGAAAGCGACGCCGCGCGAGCCCGAGCGAGGGAGGAGGGUCAAGGGGGGAAGAGGGGAGGCACCGCACCAGGACCCUCGUUCCCCGCCGCCGCCGCCUCCGAUCUCCGCGAGGUAGUCAGGUUUCAAGAUGUCGACCAGCACAUUUGCUACUUCCUGCACGCUGUUGGGCAAUGUUAGAACACAGGCCUCCCAGACAGCGGUGAAGAGCCCUUCAUCUCUUAGCUUCUUCAGCCAUGUUAUGAAGGUUCCAAGCCUGAAGACCUCCAAGAAACUCGAUGUCUCUGCGAUGGCUGUCUACAAGGUGAAGCUUGUCACGCCUGAAGGUCAAGAGCACGAGUUUGAUGCUCCAGAUGACACCUACAUACUUGAUGCCGCUGAGACUGCCGGUGUGGAGUUGCCGUACUCGUGCCGUGCUGGGGCUUGCUCCACCUGUGCUGGCAAAAUCGAGUCUGGUGCAGUUGACCAGUCGGAUGGAUCCUUCCUUGAUGACGGGCAGCAGGAGGAGGGCUAUGUGCUGACAUGCGUCUCCUACCCAAAGUCCGACUGCGUCAUCCACACCCACAAGGAAGGUGACCUGUACUAGGGCUAGGGCUUUUCAAUUUGGCAAGGGACCAAUUGCUCUCAAAUGUGUUGUCAAGCAAAGCUCCAUCUGCCCUACCAGUUGUGCAAACUGUUUGGCAUCAAACUUUUGUGGUUGCUGUCUUCUGUGUUCUGCUAGUUUAUGUUCGGGGUUGGUGCAUUAAGAUUGGGAACCCAUGGGAAUACUAGCUAAUCAAUAAAAAAACUGAUGUGAUGCCAUAAUAGUAUAAUUUCAUGGCUUUUUGUUAUGUU